AUGGCCGAGGCUGUCAUCAGCGACGACUCGAGAGACAGCACCGACCAGCCGCCUCCUCUUUCACGUUUCACCGGCCUCGCUCACGUGAAUGCCCUUACGGGAAGAGUCCUCUCAGGUUGGCGCUCCGUAUACCACACCGACGGCAGCAAGGGCAUGGUAGCCUGGGACAGCCACGCCUUGCGCAUCACAUGCGAUGAUGUUCCUACAACGAUGACUGAGCUUGAGAUGGGCGAGAGGAUUAUCCUCUCGUUGAAGAAGUACGGCAUCAUUGUCUCCUUCACAUUGAACCUCUACGUUCACACGAGCAACACCACUUACGAGCGUUUCUAUGGUGACGUUUCUGAGAGGAGGUUUGCACCCGCGGACGGUCAAGCUACUGGCAUACGUCAGCUUCGCCAACCCUGUCCACGCUCGGCGCUGCAUGAACAUCACGAGCGCCGGGUGUUUCAUCCGGUCAAAAAACGCAACGCCGAGGGCAAACCUAUUCUCGUCAAACCGUACUUUCUUACAUCAUGGCUUUUUCUUCUCCCACGUCGUGGUUGGGCGGGAGAGAGGAUGUAUGGCUCCAAGGAGGCGAUCAAGCUGUGGAACAAAGCGAGGAGGUGCACCAAGGCUAGCCUGGACAUCACGAUACCUGCCGCUGAACGUCCCAAUCUCAACUCACUCGACACGCUACCAGAAGAAGCUUGGGUCGCUUUUCAAGGUGUGCGAGACGUCCCGCCUGAGAUGCCAGGCCAGGGUUAUAUCUUUCCCGUCAACUACAGGGACUUUUCGCCGCGCAUGCCCAUGGUUGACUGCCACUCUGAAGUCCGCCCGAUCGCACCUAGCCUUCUCCCGCCUAAGCCGGACUUCAGUCCCAUCCCACAAGACGCCGACGAGGACCUCGCCCAAGGAAUGAUAAUCGAUCUUCCCCACCACGAGGAGCUUUCUCAGGAGUCAGUCUCAAAGCGCAAGAGGAGUCCCGAGGCCGACCGUGAAGCGUGCACGGGUGGCGUAGCUGUCGGUUCUUGCGUCUACCAGCAACGACCUACGCUGUCGAACAAGGCUCCCUACACCCACUCUCAGAAACAGGCUUCCUGCCUCUUCUCCCACGAGUCGCCCCAUGCCGCACCGCUCGUGCCCUCAAUUCAAUCGCUCUCCGCCUCCUCAUCCCCGCCACCUCCGGUCUCCGCUCCCGCAGCAAGACACAACUCUUACUAA